UCUGUCGGCAGAAUCCAGCGUGGCGAGCCUCACAGAAAUGCGUCCCAGCGAAGUGUGAGCUUCGAGUGGCAUCGAUUCAACGGCGGCUGCUCGUGCUAAGACCGAGUUGUCGCUCAUGGAGCCAAGCGCCCGCGCGGGUAAGGUGGCAGCCGAGCCGACAAAGUCUACAGUCACGUCUUCCUCCGUAGUGUCGGCCCCUGGCAAGGCCGUCGCGUCCAAGCUGGCAAAAGGUCGCGACACCAACGUGAGGCCGCGGCUUGGGCACUCCACUGGUCGUCCGCAGCAAUCAAAGCCUCCGUGCCAGCAGCAACCCGCCCGGUCGACCUCCUCAAGCGUCACUGCGGCUACUUCGACACAGGACGGGACACCAGUCACGUGUCGUCUGAGGCGCUGGAAGGAGCAGAAACAACUGCUGAAGAUUGUGGAUCCGAAAUGCAAAAAGGCCCCGUUCCGACCACCGAGCCGCGAGCCGAGUCCACUGCCGGCCCCCCCAGACUAUGCAUCCUUUCGCAAACUACACAGGCGCUACUAUGACAGCAUACGUCAUACGUUCAUCAGCAACGCAUCGUCGGCAGGCUCCUGUGCUGACCGGCAUGCCAACUGCAAGGCUUCACAUGCGGCCUCCGAGCACUCAGAGCGGCCUCCCUGGGAUGACUCGACCAAGCUGUCCUUUGCACCGGCUGGCUUCCAGUUCCUGCCUCCAGUCAAGCGCACUGCUACAAGGGCAGCUGCCAAGUCAAAAAAGGCCGAGGGUGCUGAGGAUGAGGCCAACAUUGCCAGUGCAUCAGGAGUUGAGACGGCGGCAGAGUUCGAGGAAGCCACACGAAAGCUUUUGGACUUCUCGUUCCUCUUCAAACCUUACAGCUUCUCUCUUCAGUCUCCGACCAAGAAAGUGAAUGAAAAGAAAGAGAAGGCAUCAGCUAAGAAGGGUGUUCUUGCCAGUGUUGGCAACUGUUGGGUAACCAGCCAGGACACCAAACUUGGUGGCUCAAGGUGCAGGCGUCUGGCAAGCAAGGAAAACACACUAGCCGUGGAGCCACAAUGUUCAACCAAGUCGAAUGCCUUGUCCAAGCAAAAAGCCAACCCAUGCGCCAUUCCAGAAGGCAAAGAGAACGUGAAGAGUGGCUACAACCUCAGGCCAAUAAAACUGUCGUCUAGCUAGAGCGACCGAAAGUUGAUGCCUCAACCUCCCACCAAGCAGUUUGAAGUUUAAUGGGCAUCAUGAAUUACCUAAGUCGUCUCCUGCAAUCACCAGGCCCUCUUACGCUUAAGUUUUAAACAGGCCAUGUAAAAGAUGUGUGCUUGGCUUUUCCUUUUAUACUUUUCAUGUUGGGGUCUCAACAGAGCUUUUGUGUUACCUCGGUUACCAAGAUGUAUUUUAGCUGGGCCUAUUCUUGUGAAUUUAUUGCAUCGGUUAAGAUAAUGCCUAAGCAGUCACGUUUUGAUCUCAGGUUUGACUGACAUAAUACUGCUGUGCGAGAUCCAUGUUAGCAUAAAUUCCUGAUCAUGUGAGGAUCCUGGGGGUGUGUCCCGGUGUUCUUAUGACCCCCCCCCCCCACCUAGCCUUUGAAUUUUAUAUGCACACUGCCGUGCAGCAUGCAGCACACAACAAAUUCGUGAUGUUCAUCUUCCCUGCUACUGUGUCACUCAUCGGGACACAAACAAUAACUUUAAUAAUGGCAUGAGUACCGAGUGACGCUUUUGUUUUUCUUCCAAGCAUAGCUGGUCAAGCUCUCGUGUUUUUCCGAAUGGUCACAAAAAGUCUUCUACAAAAUAGAAAUCCUUGGUUCUGGUUCAGAUUAAAAGUAAUAUUGGAUACAUAUGACAUCAGAGCAUAACUUUACUUAAGAUAAGGACCAAUUAACUGUCAUGAUAAUUAAUGAAAAUUGAUUGAUUUCAUUGAGAUUGUGAGCAGCUGGGAUUGUUGCAGCACCUGGCAUUUUCGAUGGAGGUGAAAAUGCUUGAUGCCCGUGUACUUAAAUUUAGGUGCACGUUAAAUAACCACAGGUGGUCGAAAUUUCCGGUGCCCUCCACUACAGCGUCCCUGAUAAUCAUACCGUGGUUGUGGGACGUUAAACUCCAGAUAUUAUUAUUAGUUGCAGCAUCUGGCAGAGGAGAUCUCAACCAUGUGCUUUUCUACGGGGGCUCUGAGAUCCGCUUUGGCAGUGUGCAAAACACAAAGUGAAUGCACGCCAGGGCACACGAGCACGGACGUGCAAGUGCCACUACCAGAAUGUGUUAUUAUUAGUAUGUGUGUAGGAUUGAUCAUAAGCAUGUGUGCAAUUAUCAUAACAUCUGACACCCACCCCUGCUGAAAAAAACAAAGCUAUAUCCACACUUGCUAAUUUAUGUCAUCGAUUCACUGUAUUAUACUUCACCAUAUCUGUCACAGGCCACAAGAAAAGUUUAGGCCAUUCAUCAUAUAUUCAUCUUUUUACUUGUGUGUUCACUAUUUGCAAAGUACUCAUUCAUGUUUUGUUCACUUGUGUGAUGAUCACUGUAUUAAGGCUCAUUAAACACACCAUGAGCUGAACAAAGUUUGCUCUCUUUUACAUG